ACGUCAUCACUGCAUCUGCAAGGACGCGCACCCAAAAACGCGCAGUGAUGCACAUAUAACGUUAGCGUUUUAUUUUCCUAUUAAAGCAUGUCUUAAAAAUCGUCAGCCGGUAUCCAAGCUCAUAUGAUACAUGACAAACAUGGAGAAAGGAAACCAAGGUAAUUCUCAUUUUGAUCACUUUCUCCAAAGUCAAGAAUCAUCCGUGGUCAACAAGUUCCAGCAGAAAUACUGGAAAACCAAGCAAACCCUGAUUAAAGUCACAGGAAAGAAGGAAGAUGAGUAUGUUGUUGCUUCAGAUGCUGAUCUGGACGCUAAACUGGAGGUGUUUCAUUCAGUACAGAGAACGUGCAUGGAGCUCCUUAAGGUGAUUGAACAGUAUCAAAGGAGAAUCAGCUUUUUGUCCCAGGAGGAGAAUGAACUGGGUCGGUUCCUGCGUUCACAGGGCUCUCAGGACAAAAGUCGUGCUGGAAAGAUCAUGCAAGCUACUGGGAAAGCUCUCUGCUUCUCUUCACAGCAGAGGCUGGCGCUGCGAGCUCCGCUGGGCCGUCUGUACCAGGAGGUGGAGACGUUUCGUUACCGAGCCAUUUCUGACACCUGGCUGACGGUGAACAGGAUGGAGCAGUCACGGACCGAGUACAGAGGAGCUCUGCUCUGGAUGAAGGACGUUUCCCAGGAGCUGGACCCGGACACACACAAACAGAUGGAGAAGUUUCGUAAGGUUCAAACUCAGGUGCGUCAUACCAAGACAGGUUUUGACAAACUGAAGAAUGAUGUGUGUCAGAAGGUUGAUCUGCUCGGAGCCAGUCGCUGUAAUCUGCUCUCACACGUUCUGACAACUUAUCAGACCACACUGCUUCAUUUCUGGGAGAAAACCUCUCACACUAUGGCUGCUAUUCAUGAGAGCUUCAAAGGCUGUCAGACUCACGAGGCUUCAGCGCUGGGGGGUUCAGAUCAAGCUGCAAAGAAAAAAGUCAAGAAGAAAACGAAGGCAAAAGCAGAAGAUGAAGAGACGAGUCAGAAUACAGAUGAAGCCCUUAUUUCAAUUGAAGAAGAAACUCUGAGCAGUAAACUCAUGCAAACAGGAAAUGAUGACACUUUCUCCAGCAGUCAGGAGAAGGAUGGCUUGAGUUUGUUGAAUGAGAUUCUGGGCAGCAGUUCUCUGGAGGACAGGGGUUUCUCACAGGAAUGGCGUGAGGUGUUUGGAGAAGAUGAUCUGACCGGCGGUAACAGAGCAGACACGCAGGUGUCCGAGGAGGAGCCCGCUUUCUUUCUGCCUUCCAAACUACUGGACCAGAACAUCAACGGCCCACAGUCCACAGUCUCAGGUUGGACAACAGCCAUUCCACAGAAUAUUCCUGAAAACUCAUCUGUAGCGAGUCAAAUCUCUUCCAAACCUGCAGUGAAAGAUACCUCCAAAGAUCUCUCUGCUUGGUUCAAUCUGUUUGCUGACCUGGAUCCGCUGUCAAACCCGGACGCGAUCGGUCGAACCGAUGAAGAACAGGAGCUCCUGAACGCUUAAUCUGUCCUGUUACAGAUGCACUUUACGCUCUCGUCGCACAAUCAUCAGUUCAUGUGAGAGGCCUCCAGACGCCUGUACUGGACAGAUUCCUUUAUGCCAUAGAUAGCAGUUAACCUUAAUUAUUUCAUAAAGAAAUAUUGCUGCCAAAGGAAACUAAUAAUAAUCACUCUGGCCUUGAUUCCUUGUGCAUCUGCUAGUAUUGUCAAAGCAGUUUGAUUUGCCAUAACAUUGUGGAUUUUCUUGUAUUACAUAAAUGUAUACUUACACUACAUUAUCAGUAACAGUACGGUAAGUUGUUGUGAUACUGCAUGAUUUUGUUAUCGUUAUUUAUUUUAGGUGUUGCCUUGAUCAGUUAUGACAAAAAAUGGAAAUUAUUUUUUGCAAAUGUUAAGUAGAUAAAUAUGCAUUUUGUCUUUAGUGUCGUCAACUAAAACUAAUGCUGCAUUUCAGAAGCCUUAAAUAUAAGAGGACUUUAUUACAGUCCUUCAGUUAAUUUAUUUGAAUGAACAUUAUAUAUUAUAUUGUCUAAUGGAAACUUCACCUGAUGUGAAAGCAGCUAUUAAUAGGUCAAGGUGUACAUAACUUGAAAAUGUUAUUUUAGAUGUACUGUACGGUUAUGUUAUAAAAAAGCAACUGGGUUCACUUUUCCAGGCUUGUUUCUGGACCGGGUUUAUUUUUUAUUCCUUUUAUUUAUAAGCUAAAUAAAAUAAAAGCAUGCCCCCCAAAAUAAUAUAUAAUAAAUAAUAAAACCUCAGAGCUCAUGGCAGGUUGUUGAAAGGUUUAAACAUUACGAGAGAAAAUAAAUAGGAUUUUUGCUUCCAGAACCUGAUUAUUGUACUCGUAUUAUUUUUGUUACGAAUAACAAUCAAACAUCAUGGUCAAACCAGGUCGUAUGAAUUAAGCAUUUAUGAAUAUGUUGGUUAACUAUUUGAUUAUGAAAACCGAUUCUCAUGUACUACAAAUUACUUAUUAAACUACAAACAUACAACAUACAACUGCAAUAAAAUGUAAUAAAAAUAUGUCAGUGUGAUUCUACAUAACACAUUACACAGUGGGACCGAAAGGCCUUACUGAAGUCAGUUCAUAUCAGUGCUUUUCUACACAAUGUAAAAUAUGCAUCAGCAUAUAUCACACUACACCAAAUAAUGCCAUAUCAUUUUCACUAUUUUGUGUUGUAUUCGUGUGUUUCUUUAAUUUCUAAUACCACUGUAACCCUGAACGGCAUGAAAUGAAUAAAAGCAGCUUCAUUUUA